UGAAAAACGUAUUCAAAAAUUACAUCAGAAAUUGUUUAUUGAAUUUUUACAUUCAAUUCAUUCAUUCAAUUCAUACAUUCAUUCAAAACACACAAUCAAUCAAUCAAUCAAUCAGUUUCUCUGUGUUUCAAUCAGAUCACAGACAGACAGUCAGUCAGUCACUGAGGAGGAAGAAGUGAAUUAUUUAUCAAUCAAAUCAAAGAAAUCAAAUCAAUUGAUUGAUUGAAUCAAUUCAGUGAUAACAACAACAACCGCAACAAUAACAAUGUUGUCGAUAUUGCGGACACCCGCGGGUGUCUUGUGUAGUGGUGGUGGUGGUCAACGAUCACCGUCGGCGGCGGUGUCGGCCAUACAUGUUGUCAAACAGUUUGUGGUAAAGACGACGACAUCACAGUCUCAACAACAGAUGUUAUCCAUCCGAUUGAUCGGCAAUACGGCCAAAGGUCGUGUCAAUGCGCAGACAUUGCGCCGAAUGGACACAACUGCUAAACGCCAGACACUAAAGGAACGGCUGAUGGCGCCGACCACUGGCCUGCCGUUCAAUUUGGGUCAGGGAAUGAUUGGCGGCGGUGCACUGUUAGGUAUCGGCGCCCUAUGCUAUUACGGACUCGGUCUCAGCAAUGCUCCCGGCAUUUACGAGCGAUCAAUGGCUUGGGAACAGCACGUCAGGGAACGGAUACACACGACAUACGCCUACUUCGGGUCGGGACUCGGUCUGACAGCCGCUGCUGCGGCCGCAGCAUUGCGAAGUCCGGCCGUAAUGCGAAUGAUGACCCGAAACUCGCUAAUGUCACUGUUGUUAACAAUGGGCGCAAUGAUCGGUACGGGAGUUGUGGCCCAAUCGAUACCCUAUCGCGAAGGUUUCGGCGCCAAACAGCUGGCCUGGGCCGCACAUUGCGGUGUUGUCGGUGCCGUCAUUGCACCGUUGUGUUUGAUGGGCGGACCACUGAUUAUGAAGGCUGCCGUACUGACGGCUGGUAUUGUUGGCGGCCUAUCGGCAGUUGCCGUUUGCGCGCCGAGUGACCGAUUUCUCAAUAUGGGCGGACCGCUGGCCAUUGGUCUGGGCGUAGUGUUUGCCUCAUCGCUCGGAUCGAUGUUUUUGCCGCCGACUACCGCAUUGGGCGCCUCCUUGUUUUCGCUCAGUGUCUACGGCGGACUACUAUUGUUCAGCGCUUUCCUAUUAUACGAUACCCAACGUAUCGUACGUAAGGCCGAAACACAUCCCGUCUACACUGACCGGCCCUUCGACCCGAUCAAUGCUUCAAUAUCAAUAUAUUUGGAUGUAAUCAAUAUAUUUAUCCGAUUGGUAACCAUUCUCGGGAUGGGCGGCGCCGGUAAACGUCGAUAAAUAUUUGAAGACAUUUUUUGUUGUUGAAGAUAAAUGUCUAAAACAAAACUAUAUUUGUUUAAAACAUUAUUAGUAUUUCUCUUUUCAAAUAUAUAUAUAUAUAAAUAUAUGUAA